GAGUUUCAGUAUCACACCGGUAUCAAUAUUUGUUAUAAGCUCCAUGUGAGUCAAUAUAACCUAGUGGGUUCAAUAAAAAAUAGGAAAAUUUAUAAUUAAUAAAUAAUAAUUAUGUCAUUGAUAAGGCGAGCACAGCAAUGGGGUUCAAUGUCAAGAAUCUGGCAUAUCUAUGAUGCUAAAUGGCAAGAUCCUUACAAAAGUGCUGUUUACUUGGUGCCGUUUCUUCAAGGAAAAGUUAAACCGAUAUACGCACCAUUGACACUGGUUGGAGAUCACGUCGUAGUAAUAAACAGCAAGGACAUCGCCCUGAGAGGUGACGAAUGGAAAAAACGAGUCUACUUCCACCAUACAACUUACCACAGUGGAGAUACCUGGACCCUGGCGUGGGAAUUACACAGGAAGAAUAAAACGAUGAUCGUCAAAAAAGCCGUGUACCACGCCUUGAGAGGCAACCUUCAACGUCGUCACACCAUGGAACGCCUGCACAUUUUCCCCGACGAAAAUGUGCCUGAAGAUAUAAUGAAGAACGUUUCUAACCAAAUCCGACAGCUCAGACCAGUCCCUACACAUCUUGACCUUAUUCAUGAGGAAGUUAAGAAGGAAUUUCCCCGAAUUAUGUCUUACCCCUCUAACUACGUCCUCAAGUAGAACAAUAAUUAAUAUUAUUAUUAUUAAAUAAUCAGUAAAUUUUUUAAGAUUAA